AACAUUAUUUUUUUUAAUAGCACGUUUUUAAGUUUUUUUUUAAUAAAGGAUUUUAGAAAUGAAGAAAACAUAAUUUAUUUAUUAUGAUUCUAUACUACUAAUUACUUUAAUAGUUUUUCAACUAUUUGUGUUUGUUUAAUAUUUAUAAUACUAAGUUAAAUCUGAUUAAUUUCAUAAAUAGUUCUUAGCGCAAAAUUGUGAUGAAGUGUAAUAUUUGUGAAGUCAACGAAUCCAAGUAUAAAUGUCCAAAAUGCAGAAACAUCAAGUAUUGUUCAGUUGCAUGUUACCAAAAUCAUCUAUCAGGUGAUUGUACAAUAAACAACCAAGAUACAUCAGUUGAAAUGGUAAAAAAUGAACAGUUGUAUCCAACUGAAGACACAAUUCCAUCAGAAAAAUUAAAUUUACUUUGUUAUGAUAAUCGCCUAAGAGAAUUAGUUUCUGAUUCUUAUUUACAAAAACUAUUGGAAAAAAUAGAUAAUAGUACUAGUCCAAAUGAAGAAUUAGAAAAAGCUAUGAUUGAGCCUAUAUUUGAAGAAUUUGCUAGAAGAUGUUUGGAAAUUGUAAAGGAUGAAAAUUGAAGUUAAAUCAAUAAAUCAUUGGCAAAUUAUAAAAACUUUACAAUGUUAAUAGGUUUAAAACCAUAUCAUAUUGUUUCCUUAUUUUAUGAUUUUUAUCACAAGGAAAAAGUUGACUGAAAAUUGUAAUUAUAUAAAUAAUAAAAGAUGGUAUUCUUAAAUGUAAUAACUUUAUAUAAUUCAAAUUAUAAAAGUAUUUUUAAAAAAUUCAA